ACUUCUUUCCUUCAACCGCAGCCUGUUCUCCACAUCUGACUAUGUCUUGCCGCAACUCCUGCUCUGGAAACUGCAGCUCAGAAUCUCCCAGAAAUUCCUGCCAUGUUCCUCUCAACCCUGCUGUUGCCCUCUGCUCAACCAGUGUAAGUGGUGGGGAGAUCCUGUACUUACCCAGUAGCUGUCAAGACAGCAUCUGGUUCACUGACUACUCCCAAGGGCCCUGUGAGGAGUCAACCAGCUGCCAGCCAGCCCCGUGUGCCCCCAGCCUUGGUGGGGCUGCCUGCUGCUCAUCCACUGGUCACUACGUGCACAGGCCCUGCCAUGGAGGCAGUUUCCUUCCUGCUUCAUCCUUCAUCUCCAGCUCCAGCAUCCCAGUGUCCUACAGACCUCUGAGCUACAUGUCCAGCAGCUGUCAUCCUCUGAGUCCCCUGGUCAAUACUUUCCAGCCUGCAGGCUGUGUGUCCAGUGGCAGUGUGUCCAGUGGCUAUCGCCCCAUACUGUGCUUCUCCAGCCCUGGCCGACCUCUGAGCGUCCUGCCUUAUGGAUGUCAACCCUCUGGCUCCGUGGUCUACAGACCUCAAACGGUUCACGUUGUGAGCAGCGGCCUCAGGCCAGUGCAGCCUCUCUCCUCUGGCUGCCAACCUCUGACCUCUGUGGUCAGCCCCUGCCAUGCAUCCUGCUCUGCACAGGGAGCCCAGUAGCUUCUUUGCCCAAUGAAUAUUCAUGCUGAAGAUCCGGGAGCAAAAUUCAAACUCCAUGGACUUUUGCUUCUCUCCUAGCAGCAACUAUUUUUUUCUUGUUUUCUCUGUGCCUGAUUUAAUGCAAGAUGUCUUUGCACAUCUAAUCUUGCUUUCAUCUUUGCUUGAUAUAAAAAUUUGGUUUACAAAGCUAUUCUAUGUUGCUUGGC